AGUCCACCUCUAUUUGGUGUGCGCGUGAGCUUACUUCCCUAUUUCUUCCUCAUAAAAACCUAAACUCACAUUAAACGCAUCUCCCACUCUGUUCUGCAAACCAUAGUACUGAACGUUCACUCAAACAGCUACGCUCACCUAUUCAGAUAGAAAAAACACACAACAGAGAGUAUAUAUAUCAACAGCAGCAAAAGACCAAACAGCAAAAAGGCAUUAACCCAAAACACCAUCAAACAUGCCGAUCGCCGCCGCCGCCGCCGUUAACUUCCAUCCGACGACAACACGCUACAGCGGAGCAUUCGCCUCACCACCUUCUUCACCCUUCCGCACCUCCGUUUCCAUCUCUAACUCCGUCAACACACGUGUUACUUCGCUCUCGUUGUCCAUGAAUUCUAUCCCUAAUUUCACCACCACCCGCCGCACAUUCCUACUUUUAUCCUUUGCUGCUUCUGGCGGCAGCGGUGGAGACGAUAAUUUCAACGGAGGUAACGGAGGCAGCGGCGGAAACGGCAGAGGUGGCGGCGGCGGUGAUAACGAGGAGAGCGGCGAUCAGAAAAACAACAAAAAGGAAGCUUUGAUGGCAUUGACGGAGGCAGGUAGGUCAUUGGAGAGUUUGCCGAAGGAUAUGAAGGCGGCGAUAGAGGAUGGGAGAAUACCUGGAUCCAUAGUAUUAAGGUUCUUUGAGCUAGAGAAAUCUCCAUUAUUGGCAUGGUUGCUUCAAUUUGGAGGGUUUAGGGAGCGGCUUUUGGCAGAUGAUCUUUUCUUAGCUAAGAUUGCUAUGGAAUGCGGCGUUGGUAUAUUCACCAAGACUGCUGCUGAGUAUGAGCGCCGCCGGGAAAACUUUUUUAACGAGCUGGAAAUUGUUGCGGCAGAUGUGGUGAUGGCCGUAAUAGCAGAUUUCAUGCUCGUCUAUCUUCCUGCUCCUACUGUUUCUCUCCGACCACGAAUGGCAGGUGAUGCUGGACGAAUUGCCAAGUUCUUCUACAACUGCCCAGAUAAUGCCUUUCAGAUGGCUCUGCCUGGAACAUCGUACACGUUGUUGCAAAGAUUAGGUGCAAUAGCGCGCAAUGGGAGUAAACUUUUUGCUGUUGGAACUGCCUCUUCCCUGGUUGGCACAGUAGUGACAAAUGCAGUACUAAAUGCUAAGAAGGCUGUUAAUAAGUCCGAAGAGGUGGAGACUUUGCCUGUUCUUUCAACCAGUGUAGCUUAUGGUGUUUAUAUGGCAGUUUCUAGCAACCUUCGGGCGCCAGUCCAGUUGGCUUUCACCCCCUCGCCUGUUAUCCCGGGAGGGGCUGGCUCUAUUCUGAUCUGUCUGAAAACACCAAGUGUAGAUAUCUGGAUACUAAUAUUGUCAACCCAAUACAAUUACAACAACCCCCCNAUGUGCUUUGCUGUUCGAACAGGCAACACAUUCUUGGGUUCACUGUUGUGGGUCGAUUAUGCUCGUUUGAUCGGAAUUCAAAAGGCUCACGAUGAAGUUCCUAUCCAAAAGGCUCAGGAAGUUGAGUCAUAGGUACAUCCGCUUGGUUUUGAAUUCCGAAAGGUCGAUGUGUGCUUGUUAGACCAUUUGACAUUAAGUAGGUUAGCGGGAAAUGAUUCGCUCUAGCAGAGGUUAUAGACCUAGCAUCUUCUUAGGCCUCUCAAGUAUCUAUACGUGUAUCGUAGUUUGAAGACCUUAUGAUGUUCCUUUUUGGGUUGAGAUAUCUUCUGCUAAGUCUUUGCUUGAAAUUUUCUAUCCUUUCUGGUACUUGAUAAGUACCAACUACAGGAUUGGAUUCUGAUUGUAACUCAAAUGCAACGUUCAUUUGAGCAGAUUCAUAAUAAGCACACAGUUUUUUUCGCGCUUGGAUACGUAUUGAUGAUAUGCUUUCUUGAACAUGAACAGCUUUCUUGAACAUGAACAGACUUAUUGCAGUUCAA